UUUAAACACAAACUUCUUCUUUCUCAUCAGAACAUUUGGUCUUAUAAAUGGCUCUCCGAGUCUCUAUUAUUACCUUUGUAGUGUUCUUAUGCAUUUUCGUGGCAUCGACCGUUUCGGGUUACAACUCGAAAGACGUGAAAGCGUGGUGUAGCCAAACUCCAAACCCUAAACCAUGCGAGUAUUUCUUAACCCAUAACUCAAACCAAAAACCCAUAAAAUCUGAAUCCGAGUUCCUCAAAAUAUCAAUGAAACUCGCUUUGGACAGAGCCAUCCUCGCCAAAACACACACGUCUACACUAGGACCAAAGUGCCGCGACACACGCGAAAAAGCUGCUUGGGAAGAUUGUCUUAAGCUCUACGACCUCACCGUCUCUAAAAUCAACGAGACGAUGGACCCAAACGUGAAGUGCUCGAAAACCGAUGCGCAAACGUGGCUCAGCACGGCUCUAACUAAUCUCGACACUUGUCGAGCCGGGUUCUUAGAGCUUGGUGUUACCGAUAUUGUUCUUCCUUUGAUUUCAAACAACGUCUCAAAUCUUAUAUGCAACACACUCGCCAUCAACAAAGUUCCUUUCAACUAUACCCCACCCGAGAAAGACGGGUUCCCUUCGUGGGUCAAACCCGGUGACCGGAAGCUUCUACAAAGCUCGACGCCUAGAGAUAACGCGGUGGUGGCUAAAGACGGGUCUGGUAAUUUCAGGACGAUUAAAGAUGCGAUUAACGCUGCUAAAGGGAGUGGCCGGUUCGUGAUAUAUGUGAAGCAAGGCGUUUACAGUGAGAAUCUUGAGAUUCGAAAAAAGAAUAUUAUGUUGAGAGGAGAUGGUAAAGGGAGAACAAUUAUCACGGGAAGCAGAAGUGUUGGUGGAGGAACGACCACGUUUAACUCAGCUACUGUCGCGGCUGUAGGAGACGGGUUUAUAGCACGUGGAAUAACGUUUAGAAACACAGCGGGUGCAAACAACGCACAAGCAGUAGCUCUAAGAUCCGGAUCGGAUCUAUCUGUUUUCUAUCAAUGUAGUUUUGAAGGUUACCAAGAUACACUCUACGUUCACUCCAACCGCCAAUUUUACCGCGACUGCGACGUUUAUGGAACCGUUGAUUUCAUCUUUGGAAACGCAGCUGCCGUUCUCCAGAAUUGUAACAUCUUCGCACGUCGUCCACGAAGUCGUACCAACACAAUCACAGCUCAAGGAAGAUCCGACCCGAAUCAAAACACGGGUAUUAUUAUCCAUAACUCUCGGGUCACUGCAGCUUCGGAUCUCCGACCCAUUUUGGGAUCCACCAAAACUUAUUUGGGCCGACCGUGGAGGCAAUAUUCUCGGACAGUAUUUAUGAAAACUUUUCUCGAUGGUCUUAUUGAUCCACGUGGAUGGCUUGAGUGGGACGGUAAUUUUGCUUUGAGGACUUUGUUUUACGCUGAGUUCCAGAAUACGGGUCGGGGUGCUUCGACAUCGGGUCGGGUCAAAUGGCCUGGGUUUCGGGUCCUUCGUUCUGCUUCCGAAGCUUCGAGGUUUACCGUUGGUAAUUUCCUCGCUGGUGGUUCUUGGAUUCCAUCUAGCAUUCCGUUUACUUCUGGUCUGUGAAGAAUUUAUAUGAUUAACUACAAAUCAUAUGGUAUAUGAUGCAAAGUUGUAUAUACGACGCAAUUGAUUGGUCUAUUACAAAACAAAUAAGGAUCUUUUUCUUACAGUAUAAUUUUUAGAAUUUCCUGUAUGAUUUUAUAUAGUAGUUCCAUGUAAUUUCGUUCAUUUCUUUAAAGAUAUUGUAUUCUGAAAUAAAUUUAUCAUAUGAUUAAAAAUUAAUAAAUCUUCAUU